GUCCACACAGUUCUGAGGUUCACUUCUUUUCUCCAAGAUAAUUCGGGGGAUAUAUAAAAAAUACCCCAAAAGCAGACAGGGAGGAGAGGGAAUUUGGAGAGCAACGGAGAGAGAACUGAGAAAAGAACAGAGUAGAAAAAACAAAGGGGGAGAGAACGGAGAGCUAAUGUCCCAAGUAGACGACUAGAAAUCGAAAUUGCCGCAACACCUACACAAUUUUGAUUCUCUGGUUUUGGUGCCUAUUGAUCUUUACAUAUAUUUGAGGGAAAGCUCACAAAUAGGUUUUCUCUGGCAGUUUUCUUUCCUCGGCGAGUCCUACUUUGUUGGUUUACGCUAAUUAGCUACGGGAUAAAAGAUGAACACACCAGUACUUCGCCGGAUAUAAACCCAAUUUAAUUUUUACCAUAUUUGAAUGGGGUAUAGCAGAAAUUUCGUUUGAGGUUACCGUUUGGAGCUCCGGCGAGAGGUUCACCAUUAGUUUCAAGCUGUGAUUCGAGUUCUCUGUCCACGGUCUUCUGCUGUAAAAUUCAUGGGUUUGGCAUUUCAUAUUUGAUCGAGUUUUUGAAGGUGCUUCCGCUCAAUUUGAGCUUACCUAGUCAAGAUUCAAGAAUUUACUCGAAGGUAAUCGCAAAGACGAAAGGUAACAACAAAAGCUUAGUAAUGAGCGGCAAGGACUGCCUCUUAAAUUGUCUUUUUCUUACCCAUUUCUACAAGUAUCUGAUACUAAUGAUAGUGACAAUCUUGAUGCUAGUGACCAUCUGUUUUAAUUAAGACGGCAUAACAGAAUCUAUGCGCUUGUCAGUUUCGUUAUUUUGAUGCUGCUGCUGGCACAUUAAUCUAAUGGGAAUAUUGCAAAAAGAACAGUGAGAAUAGUCUGACAAUACCUAACUCAUUCGUAUAUAAGGACCUAAAAAUGGUUGAGUCAUAUUAGCCUUUCUGAGAAUAAUUCCCAACACAUUCUUCUACACUUAUUCUAACCCUCUCUUAAUAUUGUGCCAAGCCAAAAGUUACCUACAAGAUGGAAAUAAAGAACAAGUAUGUAGCAAUAAAAUCCAACAUAAAUGGUGCACCAGAAGAAUCUGACUUUGAGAUAAAAGUCGAAAACGUCUCCCUUAUAGUAGAGCCUGAGUCUAAGGAGGUUAUUGUCAAGAAUCUGUUUUUAUCAAUUGAUCCAUAUCAAAUAAACCGGAUGAAGAGCCAAAGUUCAUCACAAGCAGCUAUAAGUUUUGCAGCUGCCAUUGUUCCCGGGGAUGCCAUUGACACUUAUGGUGUGGGAAGAGUGUUAGUUUCUCAUCGGCCCGACUUCAAGAAAGAUGAUUUGGUAGCAGGUCUUCUUACCUGGGGAGAGUACACUAGAGUAAAAGAGGGCUCACUGCUGAAUAAGCUGGAGAUUCUGGGCUUUCCUUUAUCUUACCAUGUUGGAGUUUUUGGAUUCAGUGGACUUGCUGCCUAUGGUGGAUUUUUCGAUGUGUGCAAGCCGAAACCAGGGGAGAAAGUUUUUGUGUCUGCUGCUUCUGGUUCAAUAGGAAAUUUAGUAGGACAGUAUGCUAAAUUACUUGGAUGUUAUGUUGUUGGCUCUGCUGGUAGCCAAGAAAAGGUAAAGUUUCUCAAAGAGACACUAGGUUUCGACGAUGCAUUCAAUUAUAAACAAGAAACUGACCUUAAGUCGGCUCUCAAAAGGUGUUUCCCUCAAGGGAUUGAUGUCUACUUCGACAACGUGGGAGGCAAGAUGCUAGAAGCAGCAGUGGCAAACAUGAACUCAUUUGGCAGAGUAGCCGUAUGUGGGGUUAUUUCUGAGUACACGAAUGUCAGUACACGAGCUGCACCCGAGAUGUUGGAUAUAGUCUACAAGAGGAUUACCAUCCAAGGUUUCCUAGCAGCUGAUCUUAUGAAAGUGUAUGCAGAUUUCCUGUCGAAAACUGUUGAGUACUUACAAGCUGGAAAACUUAAGGCCAUUGAGGAUGUUUCACAAGGUGUUGAAAGCAUUCCCUCUGCUUUUAUUGGACUAUUCCGUGGUGAUAAUAUAGGCAAAAAGAUUGUCAAAGUUGCAGAUGAGUAAAAAGAAAUCAUGAUUGUUGGCCUAUUUAUUCAUGAAUUAGCCGGUUCAAGGAGGGGACUGAAUGAUGGGGGGAAAAAGAGUCAAGAACUUACUUCCAUUUAAUUAGGGAACAAUAUCUUAUCUGUGCUUCUUUCAAGUUGUAAUCCAUUUGAACAUUCAUCUUCCAUUUAAUGCACUCAAAUUGUUGUUGGUUUUCUUUUU